CUGGCAGUUUUGCUUCUUCUGGGCCAGGCAAGCAAGUUUGUAGCUCUGAUGACGUAACGACGGGCUUGAGUGGUUGUCUAUAAUAAAGCUUCCUUCGGGGUCCAAGAUUUAGUUCUUAGAUUUCCAUAUCAGAACUCAAGAACUUGAGCUAGAAAACUACUCAGAAAUAAACAGAUACUCAACAAGAUGGCUGAUAACCUCCGUUCUGCAACUCAAGUGGGUCAAAACCCAACUUUCGCUGAGACAGUCAGCAAAGAAGAGAAAGUCCUCGGUGACAAGGCCGUCGGCGGUAUGGACAACGACGCAGACCACGUUCCUAACGUCGAGAGUGGACUCAAAGCAGCGAUUAGCAACCCGAAUACGUCGGACGCGGCUAAGGCCAAGGCUGAGGAGAAAUUGAAGGUUCUUGAGAGCAAGUAGAGAAGAUGUUGAUUGUGACUUGGUUGAAUGAAUGUGUAUUACUUCCGCAAUUGAUUAAUGAUGUGUAAUGGCAUCGCAUCAACAUGGUCACUAGUCCGAAG